UGGGGGCGGGGCUGGCCCGGCCGAAUCCCAGGGCUUUAAAUCGGCGGCCCGGGGGGCUACAGCCACGCUUCGGGGACCCCACGGACCUGUGCCUGCUGACUGCGCCUGCGCAGCUGCGCCCGCCACAGGUUUUUGAAACAUGAAUCCUUCACUCUUUCUGGCUGCCCUUUGCUUGGGAAUAGCCUCAGCUGCUCCAAAACUUGAUCCCAGUUUAGAUGCACAAUGGUACCAGUGGAAGGCAACGCACAGAAGACUAUAUGGCGUGAAUAAAGAAGCAUGGAGGAGAGCAGUGUGGGAGAAGAAUAUGAGAAUGAUUGAACUGCACAAUCAGGAAUACAGCCAAGGGAAGCAUGGCUUCACCAUGGCCAUGAAUGCCUUUGGUGACAUGACCAAUGAAGAAUUCAGGCAGGUGAUGAAUGGCCUUCACAACCAGACGCACAAGAAGGGGAGAGUAUUUCGAGAACCUCUCUCUGCCGAGCUCCCCAAAUCUGUGGAUUGGAGAAAGAAAGGCUAUGUAACUCCUGUGAAGAAUCAGGGUCUGUGUGGUUCUUGUUGGGCUUUUAGUGCGACUGGUGCCCUUGAAGGACAGAUGUUCCGGAAAACUGGCAAACUUGUUUCACUGAGUGAGCAGAACCUGGUGGACUGCUCUUGGGCUCAAGGCAAUGAGGGCUGCAAUGGUGGCCUGAUGGAUUAUGCCUUCCAGUACGUCAAGGACAACGGAGGCCUGGACUCGGAGAAAUCUUACCCAUAUCUUGCGGAGGAUGGAUCCUGUAAAUACAAGCCUGAAUAUUCUGCUGCCAACGACACUGGCUUCCUGGACAUCCAGCAGCAGGAGAAGUUCCUUAUGGAGGCAGUGGCAACGGUGGGGCCCAUCUCUGCCGGGAUCGAUGCCAGCCUGGAAUCCUUCCAAUUCUAUAAAGAAGGCAUUUAUUAUGAUCCGGACUGCAGCAGUAAAGACCUGGAUCACGGCGUUUUGGUGGUUGGCUAUGGCUUUGAAGGAAAAGAUUCAAGCAAUAAAUAUUGGCUUGUCAAGAACAGCUGGGGUGAAGAUUGGGGCAUGAAUGGCUACCUAAAGAUGGCCAAAGACCGGAAAAACCACUGUGGAAUUGCCACCAUGGCCAGCUAUCCUUCACUCGGGGGUGAUAAAGAAGGACUCGCUUGAGAACAGAAUAUCCAGAGGAGGGAUUUUAUCUUCAAACUGACCAGACCUUAUUGUGUGGAACGAAACACUUAAAUCACUGAAGAUCCAAACUGUGAUUGGAAUUUUGUUACAUUUUAUGCUGGUAAAAUGUUACCACUUCUUUAAUUACUGCUGUAAACAGCUUUGUGUGAUUGACUUGCCUAAUAACUUUUGAAUUUUCAUGUUUUAAAGAUGUAUAUAGUUAUCUUUAAAAAUAAAACUGAAUUUC